AUGUCAUCAAACGAUUCCUGGCAACAAUAUGUUGAUUCCUGUCUGCUUGAGACAAACAAGCUUUCGCAAGCUGCAAUUCUUGGCCAUGACGGAGCAAUAUGGGCAUCCUCUCCAAACUUUGAACUAUCCUCUGAGGAGAUAUCGAGCCUAAUAGAGGCUUUUCGGGAUGCCUCAAAAGCCCGUGAGCGCGGGCUAUAUAUCGCCGGAGUUAGGAACAUUAUUUUGAGGGCAGACUCCCGAUCGAUAUAUGGCAAAAAUGGCGCUUCCGGAGCUUUGUUUGUGAAAACUGGCCAGACAAUAAUAGUGGCAACAUAUGGCUCAGAACAUAUCCCCGGCAAUGCUACCGCAGUGGUGGAGCAACUAGCGGAUUACCUGAUUUCGGCUGGUUUUUAA